AUGUCAUCAUUAAAUGAUUUAAAUACAAUUGAAUUAUUUGAUGAUAUAGAUAAUAUUGUUUUUUUGUGUGAUCGUCUUAAUAAUCGUUUAAUACAAGUAACAUCAUAUGUUGAUGAAGUUAAACAAACAUGGAUUGAUAAACGACGUUCAAUUGAAUUUGAUUCAAAUAUAACACCUAUAAUAGCACAAAAAGUUAAUAAAUGUAAUAAAGUUCUUUUAAAUGUUGCUGAAAAACUUGCCGUUGUAGAAUUACAAACAGAAUCUUUACAUAGUCUUCAUACAUCUAUUAAUAAUAUUGUAACAAUUAAUAAUGAUAAACGUCAAUUAAAUAUUCCUCUAUGUCUACCAACACCAAUUCCAUCAAAUGUAUCUAUGACUAAAAAUGAAUCAAUUAAUAAUGGUAUUCGUUUACAACGAAAUAUAUUUCCAAAUACAACACGUUCAUUAAAUCUUGGUACAAAUUCAACAACAAAUACAUUUACAGCAAGAAAUACAUCAACAUUAUUUAGUGAAACAAUUCCAAUAAAACCAACAAUAGAACAACAAUCAGCAUUUCAUCGACCAUUAUCUAUUCAAGAUAAUAUUGAUAUACAACAAACAAAAUUAUCACCACAAAAUUCAAUAACUUCACAAAUAUCUCAAUAUCCAUCAUUAUCAACAAAAAUUAAUUCAAAUAUAUCAAUGAAUGGUCAUCAACAACGAAUUUCAAAUUCAAUAGAUUCAUAUUCAUCUACAUUAAUUAAUCAAAUAAAUAUAACUGAUAAUAAAGUUCGAGUUAAAAUGCAAGUUAUACCAAAUGGUACAAUAUGGCGUAAUGCUGAUAUACCUAUUGUUGAUCAUCCAUCAGCAUUUUUUGUUUCAAAUCAAGAUCCACGUGUUACUGAACAAUUUAAUAUGAUGUCUAUUGAAAUGAAUAAUUAUUAUAGUAAACCAUCAAAUACAACUGUACCAUUACAAAAUAUAUCUAUUGGUGAUUUUUGUGUAGCACGUUUUAGUGAAGAUCAUUUAUGGUAUCGAGCUCGAGUCGUUUUGAAUAAUAAUGAAUCUGUACUUAUUGUCUAUAUUGAUUAUGGUAAUUCAGAAUCCAAAUCACCGAAUGAAAUUUAUCCAUUAAUUGAAUCUUUAACACGAUUACCAGCUAUGACAGUUGCUUGUACAUUAAAUGAAGCAUUUCCAAGUAAUGAAAAUUUUUGGACUCAAGAAGCAACAGAUGUAUUUAAUAUGAUUGUUAAAAAUCGUAUUGUUGAAGUUCAUUUUCAACAAAGUGUUGGUCAACAAUGGCCACUUCAUUUUGUUAAAGUACUGCUCGAUGGUCAGUCUAUUACUCAACAUCCGAAAUUGUCACCAUAUAUAAUGCCAGCUCGAAAUGAACAAAUUGCAUUGCAUUUUAAUGAUAAGCUUACACCAAUGGAAUAUAUUUUGUAUAAUGUAGCAGUAGUUGAUUCGGAUAUUUAUAAUAAUAGUCUGCCAUAA